AUGUUUUUGGAGAAAAUCAAUAAUGUAACCGGGGAACGCGAAUGGGUUGUCAAGGACGAGGAUUAUGAUAUGGCACAAGAAUUGGCUAGGUACUUUUAUUGAUUCUAGAUUCUCUAGCUAGAAAAAAACAGAAAAAAUGUUUAGGUCUCGAUUUGGUGAUAUGAUUUUGGAUUUUGAUCGAAAUGAUAUGUUCCUCGAAGGUUUGAAGACUUGUAUCGAAGAAAAGAAACGAGAAAAUGGAAGAUGUCAUGUGCUAGAUAUUGGAACUGGAACUGGAUUAUUAUCCCUAAUGGCAGCACGAGAAGGAGCGGAUAAAGUGACAGCACUGGAAGUAUUCAAACCGAUGGGAGAUUGUGCACGACAUAUCACAAGUCAUAGUGAAUGGAAGGAUAGAAUAACAGUGAUAUCGGAAAGAUCAACUGAUGUUGAUGAUAUUGGAGGAGAAGCGGCUGAUGUGAUUGUUGCCGAGGUUUUUGAUACGGAAUUGAUUGGCGAGGGAGCGUUGAGAACGUUUAAGGAGGCGUUGAAGAGGUUGGCGAAGCCGGGAUGUCGAGUUGUUCCGUCGACGGGGAAUGUGUUUAUUGUGCCGGUGAUGAGCAAAUUGUUGAAGAAGUUUAAUCGGAUUCCGAGAUUCGAGGAGGAUGGUAGGUUUUUCAUGAUUGAUGGAUAAAAUUUGAUUUUUCUGAAGGAAGGUCCAAAUUCAGUAUUUUUAGUAAAAUCCUUAAAUUUCUUGACAACAUCUCAAAUUCUUCCAAAACUUGAACCUCUUUGGAAAAACGCAAAAAAGUUUACUAAAUUUUUCAAGGGCCUAUGCAGAUUGAUAUUUUGUAAGAAAAACAUCUAUUAAAAAUAUACAGAAUAUUAUUUUUUGAUUAGAGAAAACGGGAAACUGAGAGAGUGCAGACCACAUUUGGCGAGAGAGUGUCCCAAAAUUUUUGUGCAGCGUGAAAAAUUUUAAAUUUUUUUGAAUAUUCUCAUAAAAAUCCGCUGAAAAUCAAUGAACACUUCACUUUUUCGUGAAAAAAUGUGCAGUGAAAUGAAAAACAUUUUGAAAAUUUUUAUUAGCUUACCGCCCGAAUCGAAAUUUUGGUUUGGGCGGGAAUUUUGAUUUGAAAAUUUUUGUACAGUGUCCUUUUUGGACACGUCUCGUCAGGUGUGGUGCAGACAUAUUUUUUGUAAAAUCCUCACAUUUUUUGAUCUCAUCUGGAAUUCUUUUGAAACUCCAAAAAAUUAUGAAUUUUUCUCAAAAUCCAAUUUUAACACGUGUCCCCUAUUCUACGUCAAUUUUAAAAUGUAUUUCAAUCAUUUCACGGCUUUCCUAAACUGCAAAAUUCCCCCUUCUUCAGACAAAGAUCCAUUCGGAAGCUGUCCGGGAACAUCAGCAGUGUUCGAUUGUCAACUAUCAGCCGUCGAUCCAUCGGAUUUCAUCCAACUCACCGAUCCAAUCAUCGCAUUCGAAUUCGAUUUCGAAAAUGCGGAUAAAAUUGUUUUCGAUGAGAAAUUUGUGAGGAAAGCGGCUGUGAAAAAUGAUGGAAGUAUUGAUGCGAUUUUGAUGUGGUGGAAUUUGGAUAUGGAUCGGAAGGGAAAACAUUUUAUUGAUAUGGCGCCGAAAUGGGCGAAUCCUGGAUUUGCGGUGAGUUGAAGGCGCAGCUCCUAGACAUAUAGGUUCUCUAGGCGCGAGUCCUAGAAGUAUAGAUUCUCUAGGCGCAGCUCCUAGACAUUUAGGCUCUCUAGGCGCGAUUACCAGAAAUAUAGAUUCUCUAGGCGCGAGUCCUAGAUAUUUAGGAUCUCUAGGCGCAGCUCCUAGACGUAUAGAUUCUCUAGGCGCGAGUACUAGAAAUAUAUGUGCUCUAGGCGCGAGUACUAGAUAUUUAGGAUCUCUAGGCGCGAGUCCUAGAAGUAUAGGUUCCCUAGGCACGAGUACUAGACAUAUAGGUUCUCUAGGCGCAGCUCCUAGACAUAUAGGUUCUCUAGGCGCGAGUGCUAUACAUUUAGGUUCUCUAGGCGCAGCUCCUGGACAUAUAGGUUCUCUAGGCGCGAGUGAUAUGUGCUCCAAACAAAAAAUCUUUCCAAUUCCCAGUCAAGUUGUUUUUUUUGCAGUGGCGAGAUCAUUGGAUGCAGGCAAUUUACUACCUUCCAACUUCAAAAACCAUCAAAAAAGGAGACGAAUUGAAAAUCGCUUGUGCACACGACGAAUUCAGUAUGUGGUUCAGUGUUUCCGGAAAAUGCGAUAGAGGAUAUUGCACUUGUAUGAUGCAUUCAAUUACGACUCGCCAAACCAUGUUCCACAUCAAUGAUAUUUUUGAAGAUCAGCAAUUUAUCGAGGAAAUUCGGAAAUUAUCGAUUGAUAAACAUGUUGUAACUGUUGGAGAAGGAUCGUUUAUUGGAAUUUUGGCGGCGAGAUUCGCAAAAAGUGUGACAAUUUGUGAUAAUAAUCCACAUUUUCAUGCGAUUUUCCAACGAUAUAUCAGCCAUUAUAAUUUGAAAAAUGUGAAAGUUCUGGAGGAUUUAAGACAAAUUGAGCAGCAGCCGGAUAUUGUGCUAGCUGAGCCGUUUUAUAUGUCGGCAAUGAAUCCAUGGCAGAAUUUGAGAUUCCUCUUCGAUGUGCAAUUGCUGAGACAAUAUUGGGGCGAAAGUUUGAGAGUUGAGCCAAGUUUUGGAUAUCUCAAAGGGUUGCCCGAGAAAUUUGAUGAUUUGCACAAGAUCUCGAGUGAUGUUGGAACUGUUAAUGGAUUCGAUUUAUCGUUUUUUGAUGAGAUUUCGACGAAAGCGCGAAAAGCUACAGAUGCUUUGAUCGAUGAACAACCAUUAUGGGAAUAUUCGGGAAAAUCGACGGGAAAUGUGAUUGAAUUAUUGCAAUUUGAUGUGAAUUCGAAAUUGUGCGAUGAACGAUGUGAUAUUGUUUUUGAUAAUGCUGUUGGGUUAGUUCUCGAAAAUUGAAGGAGCAUGGGAUAAUUUAUCCAAUGGGUCUUGUCACGAUUAGGGUACAGUACUAGAUUUUUGCUGAUAAACUGAAUGUUUAAGGAUUUCUGAAAAAUGUUCUAUUAGAUUCAAAUUUUAAGGAUUUUAAAGUCACUUAAAAGCAGCUUAAGGUAUAAUGAAACAUUUACACUAACAAUAAAUUCCUGUAAAUUCCAAAAAAUAAAUUUUUAUCAAUAAAAAACCCCCAACGCUUUUAGCCUACAAAAUUCCCGUUUUUUCCAGAGAAACAAACGGGUUUCCAAUUUGGAUGGAUUGGAAAUUCGGAGAAUUGAACAUAUCAACUGGACUCCUAAAUGAUACACAUCAGCCAGUUGGAAAUGUGCCAAACUGGAAUAAAGGCUUCAAACAAGGCGUGUAUUUCCCCCAUUCUGAUCUCAUGAAACGCGACAAAAUUCGAUUGAAAGCACAUUUUGAUAAAGAAACUGGUGAUGUUAAUUUUCAAUUUUUAAAGGUGUAG